AUGGUCGAGCAGCGAUGCGGACGACUCGAACAGCUGCUAAGGCAGGCAGUCCCAGACAUUGAUCUUGAUGAGUAUGUCGGCCCUCCGAUAGACCCAGAAACGUUCGAUAUCGUCGACUACAAAGUCCACAGCGCAAAGUUUGUCUCUGACCCAAGAGUCAAGAUCCCCGACGAUAUAGGAGGCUACCACCCUUACUCUGCGGGUUGGAGAUAUAUGCGCGUCCUCUUGCGGACAGGCUACAACUUCCUCCAAUCACCGUCGCUCUACAGCCUGCAAAAGACUGUCCUCGUUUGUCAGUUCUUUCAAGGGAGCAGCACCGUCCCUCACACCCUCCCUGUCAUAUCCAGCCUCGGCCUGCGCUUUUCGGAAGAGCUAGGCAUACACGUCGGGCAACUCUUGCACCACGUCAACCCCGUGGAAAGAGAGCUCUACACAAGGGCUUUCUGGUGUCUGUACCAUAUCGACCGGUACAACUGUACCUUUGUGGGACGGUCCGUCGCCAUGAGGGAUUGUGAUUUCGAUAUCGAAUAUCCGAAAGACGUCGACAACGAGUAUUGGCAGCUGGACUUCAAACAGUCUGAGGUAAAGGUCUCUCGUGUAGCUGUCUUUAUACAGACCUGCAAGCUGGAUCGGAUCGUGGGUCGGAUCAUGCAGACGUUCUACACUGUCGAGUCUUCGUCUCAGCCUGUCGUAUCUCUUCGACGUGCUGCCGAUGAAAUCAGCGCAGAUCUGGACGUGUGGACUGAGGAGCUGCUUUCCGUAUUGCAUUGGGACCCCGAACGAGGCGACUAUCGCAUCUUCCAGCAGACGGCCGCUCUCCACACAUACUUUCACUACUGCAAGAUCCUCAUAUACCGGCCAUUCAUCUCCAGCUCUGGUAGUCAUCCCAAGAAUGACCCUCUCGAGACCUGUCUGUCCGCAUCCUAUUCCAUAUCCGACAUUCUCUCUGCCUGCCUCCAUCGCGGCCGUCGUGAAAGCUGUCAGCCGGGUCACUCUCUCGAUAUAUCCUACAUCCUCCCCCCUAUGACCCACUCGACAGACGAAUACGAGCAGGCGCUGUUUCAUGCCAAGGUCAUUCUCGCGGCGAGCAAGGAUAGCGAGGUGGUGUGGAGGCAAUGUGGAAAAGUGACGGACUGUCUCACGCAUUUUGUCAAGGAGGCGGGAGAAUGGAGAAUUAUGGGCGGCAGGGAGGGUAUGGAAGGUGGGGAAGAUGAUAUGAGGGGUAAAGUACGGUGA